ACCAUUGAACCACUGACGUCGCUUCCUCUCGUCGUCCCGGCACGUAUUUUUCAUUCAAGCAAUAUUUGAAAAAGGAAGAUGGCGGCCGCAGCGGUGGUUGAGUUCCAGAGAGCUCAGUCUCUCAUCAGCACGGAUCGCGACGCGUCUAUUGACAUUCUUCAUUCAAUAGUGAGAAGAGAUGUUCAAGAGAAUGAUGAAGAAGCUGUUAGAGUUAAAGAACAGAGCAUCUUGGAGCUGGGGACCCUCCUGGCAAAGACAGGACAAGCAGCAGAGUUGGGGGGUCUGCUGAAGUUCGUCAGGCCUUUUCUGAUCUCCAUCAGCAAGGCUAAGGCGGCCCGUCUGGUCCGCUCUCUGCUUGACCUUUUCCUGGACAUGGAGGCUGCGACGGGCCAGGAGGUGGAGCUGUGUCUGGAGUGCAUUGAGUGGGCUAAAGCGGAGAAGAGGACUUUCCUUCGACAAGCUCUGGAGGCUCGGCUGAUCUCCCUCUACUUUGAUACCAAAAGAUACCAGGAGGCCUUGGCUCUCGGCUCCCAGUUGCUUCAGGAGCUUAAAAAGAUGGACGACAAAGCUCUCCUGGUGGAGGUUCAGCUUCUUGAAAGCAAGACGUACCACGCUCUCAGUAACCUGCCCAAGGCCCGUGCAGCCCUCACCUCGGCCAGAACCACAGCCAACGCCAUUUACUGUCCUCCGAAGCUUCAGGCAGCGCUGGACAUGCAGUCAGGGAUCAUCCAUGCUGCCGAGGAGAAGGACUGGAAGACCGCCUACUCCUACUUCUUUGAGGCCUUUGAGGGCUACGACUCUAUCGACAGCCCCAGAGCCAUCACAGCUCUCAAAUACAUGCUCCUGUGCAAAAUCGUGCUCAACUUGCCAGAGGAAGUUCAAGCGCUGAUCAGCGGCAAAUUGGCUCUCCGGUAUGCAGGGCGACAGACAGACGCUCUGAAAUGUGUGGCCCAGGCCAGCAAGAACAGAUCAUUAGCAGACUUUGAAAAGGUCCUCACAGAGUACAAAGCGGAGCUUCGGGACGACCCCAUCAUCAACACUCACCUGGCAAAGCUUUACGACAACCUGCUGGAGCAGAACCUCAUCCGAGUCAUCGAACCUUUUUCCCGAGUUCAGAUAGAGCACAUUUCAAGUCUUAUCAAGCUAUCGAAGGGAGAUGUUGAGAGGAAAUUGUCCCAAAUGAUCCUGGACAAAAAGUUUCACGGAAUCCUCGACCAGGGCGAGGGCGUGUUGAUCAUCUUCGAGGAACCUCCAGUGGACAAAACGUACGAAGCAGCUUUGGAAACGAUUCAGAACAUGAGCAAAGUUGUGGACUCGCUUUACAACAAAGCAAAGAAGUUGACAUAGAGCAUGUUGCUGUGGAGGUGAGGUGGAGGAACUGUGUGUGUGUUUUUGUUUUUUUUUUCCCUUUGGCCAGCGUGUUAAACGUGUUUUUAAAGAAGGGGACGAAGGACAGCAACACCGAAGCUCACAAACUGCAGAAUCCCUCCCCACCAGUCUUCUCCUCUUUUACCACAAGACGGACAAUUUCAUAACUCCUUCGGUUUGUUUCUGCUCCUCCUUGAUUUUGAUAUCUUCAGGAUUCUGUAUCACACUCAGCGGCCAAAUGAGGCAAUCAGGGAAUAUUGUACCACCACAAUAAAAGACGAGAAUAAAAGGUUUAUGGAUGCAUAUAUGUUUAUAUCUGCUGAAAGGGUGGCUGAACUGAGCUGACUCCAGUGCAGCUUUGACCUCUGACCCUAACCCUCUGUAGAUUUGAGGCCUCCAUCUCUCUGAAAGCACACAGUUCAGCAAUUUCUGUUCAACAGCGCCCUCUAGCUGUGCUUCUCUCUGCUCCAGUACCAUUGGUUCAAUCCUCUCCAUGUUCUUUUUCCAUUUUUAUUUAAGAAAAAAAAGAAGAAGGAAAAUCAGAUUGGUGCAUCGUCCUAUAAGUUUUCUAGAAACAGACCGAUGCCCUCUCACUAUCAGUGCCACCGUCCCGGCGCUUCUGCGAGUUCUCCUGGCUCAUCAACUCCCAGUGUGGUACGCCAGUAACUAAUUUGUAUGGAUUUGGCUUUCCUUUUUUUUUCUUUAUUUUAUUUUUUUUCUUUUGCUUUCUCUUACAAACACGUUUUCAAAAAUAAAUAUUUUGUAUCUUAA